GAUGCGUCCCACUUUCCGUACCCAAAAAAGUUUAUGUAUUCAAUUUUAGCUCAGGGUCUACAAUGACUGCAGCGGCCAUAGUUUAUCCGACUGUGGACAAGUUUGCAACAUCUUUGACGGUAUAUAACAUACCUUUUACCGCCGAUGAGGAGGAAUUUCAUGAACUGUUUCCGGCUGCUCGAAACGUACGAAUCUUUCGCAUGACAAGUCGUCCAGCAGCAUCGCAAAACACGUGCGUCAUGCAGUUCAGUUCUCCGAACGAUUGUCACAAAGCUUUUGCCGAAUGUCAAGGGAAGGAACUCGGUGGUCGUACGCUGCAUGCUGAAUAUGGCGAAGCUACGGAAGGUGGCCAGCCCCCAUCGCAACGACAACCUAGUGCACCCGACAGCUCUUACGGUUAUCACCAAAGUCAGGGAGGAUCUUAUCCGUCAAUUAAUCCACCUUAUGGCUCUCGUUCGCAGCCUGAUCGUGAAGGGUCUGCCUCCCGUGGUCGUUAUCAGGAGCGCGGCAGAAACAACGAUGAUCCAGUGCUGAUAGUGUCAAACAUACCAUAUAGCGCUACAGAAAAAGACAUUCAGAGGGAGUUCCGAGAUGCAUGUAACAUUACUCUGAAUCUCGAUGACCGUGGACGAUCUUCUGGUGUUGCGCAGCUGACUUUUCGGACUCGCGAACAAUGUGAGGCUGCCUUACAUGCGUGCAACAAUAAAAUGCUCAAUGGCAGGACACUCCGGGGCAGACUUAAUUCCAGUCAGGGGCGCUUCGACUCGGGAAACACACCGCGCAAUUACGAGAACCGUCCAAGUUAUCAGUCCAACUAUAACUCGAACAGACGAGAAUUCGAUGAUGGACGUCGUCCUCGUGGUGGUGGGGGAGACUGGCGGGGCUCCAGAGGAUUCCGCGAUGGAGGCAGGGAGUUUAAUCGCGGUGGUCGACCGGAUCGAUUCGGGUCAAGGCGCGAGAGAAGCCCACAACAAGGAGAACCUGUCCGUGGCUAUGCUGCGUCUAAGGGGUUCAGAAUUACAUCCGCAGUUAUUCAGGCUGCUCGAUCACCUUCUUCGGAUUCAUCAAGUGGUCAGGAAUGAACUGCAGAAGCCUGAUUUCGCUCCUAAAUGUUGUUAUCUAUCUAUGUUGUUUAACCAUAGAUUACCGCCGGUAGUCUACAUUUACGUUUGCUCUCUGUUUGUGAUCGAAGCAAG